AUGAUAAAAAAUAAAUGCUUAGAAAAUGUUGUACCUCAAAAACAUCUUGAUUAUGACGAAUCGAUGGUGAAGUACUUUGGUAAACAUGGAUGUAAGCAAUUCAUUAGUGGUAAACCAAUACGAUUUGGUUACAAAAUGUGGUGUGUAAAUACAAAUGACGGUUAUCUUGUAAAUUUCGAAUUGUAUCAAGGCAAAUAUCCUCGUGAAAAUGAAAAAUAUAAUUCUAUAUUUGGAAAGGCAGUAUCACCCCUUAUUUUAAUGCUUGAAGACUUACCCAAUUCUAAAAAACAUUUACCAUACUCAUUGUAUAUGAAUAACUUAUUUACUGGGAUAAAUGUUUUUAAUUAUUUCAAAUAUCUGGGUUUCUCAGCGAUUAGUACUAUCCGGCAGAAUAGAAUACCAAAAAAUUGUCCUUUGACCGACAAAAAAAAUUUUCAAAAAAAGAACGUGGAAGUUUUGAAACUGCAAUAG